AUGCAGGGGUCUACCUGUCUGCUUGCAGCAGCAUCACGACCAGUACUGACGCCUUUCCGAGAUCACAGAUCCAGAUGCUCUCAAAGUCACUCAUAUGCUCGAGUUCAGAGGCCACACAGGAUUAGAAUCAAUACAAAAUGUGCAGCAAGCGCACAAGCUGCAGCUGGAUCCAGGCCCCUUCGAUUCAUCCAGCACAAAAAAGAAGCCCUAUUCUUCUAUGCUUUCUUGAGCCAGGUGUACGAUUAUAUUGUCAACCCUGGCCACUGGACCGUGGACAUGCGAACGGAGGCUCUGGAACCCGCCAAACUUGACAAUCCUAAACUCAAGGUGGUGGAUGUUGGUGGCGGCACCGGUUUCUGCACACAGGGCAUAGUAAAGACGAUAUCCCCCAUCAAUGUGGUGCUUAUGGAUCAGUCCCCGCAGCAAUUGGCCAAGGCUAAGAAGAAAAAGGACCUUCAAGGGGUCACCAUUGUUGAGGGAGAUGCAGAGGAUCUGCCUUUCCCCACCGACAGCUUUGACAGAUAUGUGUCGGCGGGCAGCAUUGAGUACUGGCCAGAGCCCCAGCGAGGCAUAAAGGAAGCAUACAGGGUGAUCAAGGAGGGUGGCCUCGCUUGCAUGAUUGGCCCCGUGCACCCCACCUUCUGGCUGUCCAGAUUCUUCGCUGACAUGUGGAUGCUCUUCCCCACAGAGGAUGAGUACCGCGAGUGGUUCACCAAGGCAGGCUUCACGGACGUGAAGAUCAAAAGGAUCGGGCCCAAGUGGUACCGCGGAGUGAGGCGGCAUGGCCUCAUCAUGGGCUGCUCUGUCACUGGCAUCAAGCCAAAGGCUGGAGACUCACCGCUGGAGAUGGGCCCGAAGGUGGAGACUUCUGGCAGCACAAACAACAUCUUCAGCUUCCUCUUCCGCCUGAUCAUAGGCAGCCUGGCCGGAUUCUACUACUUUGUGCUGCCCGUCUACAUGUGGCUCAAGAAUCUGAUUUGGCCAAGAAAUGCACCUGGGUUCUGA